CUUUUGUCUCGCGAGAGGAUAGGCAGACGUCGUGGUUGCUUGCUUGCUAUCCAGCUGCAAACCGACUACUGAGCUACCAAAGAGCACCUUAAUUUAGCAUUAAAACGGCUACCUGCAGUCAACUGUUUGAAAAUUAUACGAGACACUUUACUGUCGCAUGAGAAACUAGCUAACAGGUCUUCUAGCAGAAGUUGAAUGCCGAUAAUCCCGCGUUGUUUUAAUUUGUGUUUACGACUGUACACACCUAAUCUACUCACCGCACCGCAUGUGCUCUGCUCACUGUUGUCCAUGUCGUCUGAACGUGAGAAACCAGUCAACACUGACAAAAAGAAGCCUGCAGAAGACAGCUGGAGACUGAAUUAUGUCACUGGGAAUCUGUUCUCCUGCCCCGAGGACGAGGCUUUGGCCCACUGUAUCAGUGAAGACUGCCGCAUGGGGGCAGGCAUAGCAGUGAUGUUCAAGCUGAAGUUCAAAGGGGUAGGAGAGUUAAAGGAACAGAAAAAGGUGACGGGGCAGUGUGCUGUACUACAAAGAGACAGACGUUUUGUCUACUAUCUGAUCACAAAGAAAAAGGCCAGCCAAAAACCGACCUAUGACAGCCUGAGACAGAGCUUGGAGGACAUGAAGUCACACUGUGUUCUGAACGGAGUAACAAGAAUAUCAAUGCCCCGUAUUGGUUGUGGCCUGGAUCGACUGCAGUGGGAAAGAGUGUCGGAGAUACUGGAACAAGUCUUCAAACACACAAACGUGUCCAUCACAGUCUACAGCCUUCCUGAGAAAGCAGAGACCGCAGUGAUGAAGGAAAACAUGCGCAGAUGAUUGAUGGAAAAGUUUGUUUAUUGUAAUAUUUAGUUCAUGCACUUUUCUGUAUUAAUCCCAUGAUGAUCAUCUUUUUCAGUGGAAAAAAAUGUUACGUUAUCGAUAACAUGGAAAUAAAUUUUCGUUUUUGCACAUCAAA